GAAAAAUAAUAAUACGAGGACUACAUUUGGGGAGGGAGAGCGUCCGGAUGCAAGGGCAUCUGCAUGCAUUUUGCAGCGUUGCAUAUCUUCUGGGAAGAUCAGAGACACAAUUGACAUUACCGCCGCAACCUUCUCCUUUUCUUGCUCGAGUUUAAUAUUUUUUUUCCCGGUGGGGUGUCUUUUAAAACAAAAAACAAUCCUCAGUUCUAUUAUGAACCUUAGUUGUUGAUUUCAAUUAAAACUACCUCACAGACUUCGCCUAAUGCUGGUGCUGUAAAAAAAACCUUGUAGGUUUUUUUUAUGUGUGUGUGCUUGCGGCGUGAUUUACAAAACAGUUGAUGACAUUAAAAGGCAAGUGAAGGCCUUUGCACUGAAGCCAAGUGAAGAACCUUAUGAUUGCACUAUACAGAACUCAAGUCAGAUAAGACUUCAGAGGGGAAAAAUACCCGAGCGUCAGACAGCUCCUGCUUUUUUUGGAAGACUCGUCCAUCAAUUUCUCCCCAAAUUUACACCACAGAAGCACCUUCUGGCUACACACACUGAAACAAGCAUCGAUAGCUGUGCUUCCAUUUUUCUUUCAAAGUCCAUAUUAGAAAUCCUUUUCCCACCAUGUUCCAGCGUUUCACCAGCCUCUUCUUCAGUGAUAGCAGCGCAGUUGAAGUCGUUGAGGAACCUAAGCCUUUUGUUUCUAAAGAGGAAGAAGAAGAUGGAUGGCUUAUUAUUGAUCUGCCAGAUAGUUUGGCUUCAAGUCUUGGCACUGAGCAGUGGGUAGGUGAGAAGGAUUCUGUUUGCGCUUCCCGUUGCCGCCAUGGGUCCCUUCCACCUACCACGUCUUCACCCCACUCCCUCAGUGACUGUGUCAGCAGGUCCAUGCCCUCUCAGCCUGACCCCUGCUUGAUGGAUGAGAGUUGGUUUGUUACUCCUCCCCCCUGUUUUACUGCAGAAGGUCCUGAUCCUGUCAGUAUGGAGAGCAGCCCCAUGGAGGACCUCUUGAUUGAGCAUCCCAGCAUGUCUGUAUAUGUCACCACCACCACCAGCAUCAUUGUGGAAAGAGAGGAUCCUGAGGAGAACAUCCAGGAGAACGAAAUACCUGAAAACUGUUUACAGCGCCGUCCCCCACACCACUCCACUUCUCUUGCUACCAAGGCUGCCAUCUUGGAGAAGGUCAAUCAAGUGCGUCGGAUUCAGAGGGCAAAGCAGUUAGCAGAGAAGCACAAGUUGAGUCAGAAAGUCAUGAAGAGGCAGAACCGUGCCAGAGAGUGCCGCCCACAACGGGCCAAACACCAAGGCCACUUUGUCUACCAACCAUGCCAGCGCCAGUACAACUACUAAGCUACUUCAGGAAGUCUACACUGUGGGGCAUUAUCCUUUUAACUUUUAGCUUCACUAGCUCUUCACAAUGCUUUUUCCAUCCAAGAGGGUUGUCUUCACUCAUUUUCUGAAAUUAAUCGUCCCUCCCUGUGAGACCUUCCUACAUUCUCAUGAACUUGCAACAUUAAAUGGUAGAUCUUUUGUGGGCUUUUCUUGAGCUUUAUUCCCCACCCUGUUUUUAGCAAAAAGUAUGUUUUUCUGAUCAAUGACUUCUUUUUUUGCAUUUAAUGUCCCAUCUCCUACUCUACAUCCUAUUUCCAGAUUUUGAUUUGGAUCUCAUAGUGAAUGAAACACAACAUGCCUUGCUAACAUUAAGAAACAAGACAGCAAGUCAACUUUGAAUCUCCAAUAUAUGGUUUUUUUAAGUGUUGGAAAAACAUAUAUGUAUCUUGGUUGUUAAGAGAGACCAUGUUUCUUGUGUGAGUGUGUUUCUUGGUCCUUAGGUAGCAUGAAUUCACACACUGGCUAUUGUAGCAGUUGCCAGUGUUAGACUAAUUUGGUGCUUCCAGUGAAUAUAUCACCUUUAUUUUAAUUUAAAUAAGUUACAGCAGGAAUAUGGUGCCCUGUCAUUUCUUUUCAUCCCUUGUUAUUGCACUAGAGAGCCUGUGACAUCAGUGCCUUUCUUUUUGACAUCAUGCUCAUGACAAAAAAAAACCCUAAUAGAUUGUGAUGUCAAAUGGAGAUACCAGGUUCCUGUGCAAAAUGGAACACACACACACACACACACAAAACAAGAAAGAAGCCUAACGGAUCCCAAGUUAAAGAUUAAUGACAUGUAUUUUAACAUACUUUCUUCCAUGAAAAAUAAAUAAUUUGUAUAUUUGUUUCUUUUGCUGAGUUGAUAUAAUGGCUGCUCAUAAAAUAUCAAGGAAUAUCCUUAAUUGCCUUGAGGUUGCAAGGCAAUACAAUGAAUAUUUCUGGGAAUUUUGCCAUUGACUUCAAAUGGAAUGUAGAUAGAACCUGAAUUCUCUAUUCAGGAUGUCACGUGAUGCAAAACUGUAACUUUGAGACCCCAUGUUGAGUAGAUGAAAUUAACACUAACAAUUUACAAAUACUACAGAGGAUGUGUGAUUAUGAAAAGGGAAAAGUGGUAUGACAACUUCCUCCUUCUGACUAGUUGCAUGGUUAUCAAGGAGUUUCUUAUGAAUUGCUCUAUAAUUUAAUGAUCAAGUGUUUAGAAAAAGAUGGGACAACCUUUGAGGGCUCAGAGGCAUAUUUGGAAGCUCUUGGGGCACUUUUAGAAAAUGGUGCAUCUGGGAAUGAGGCCCAUGAUAUACCCGAAUACCCAUUUAUCGGAAAGCCAUCUGGAGAGAUUGCUCCCUAUUACACAGCCUACCUUUCUAGGAAGAUGGGCAUUUUUCAGUAUUGUAGCUACCCACCAAUCCUUAUUUCCUAAGGACUUUUAAGGGAUGCCCAUAAGGCCUAGGGACCUUUUUAUUAGAGGCUGAUAUGUAUGUUUUGCAGCAUCCCAGCUUCUGAUUAUUGUUUUAAAAUUAAAAAUAACUAAAUUAAAAUCAAGUGGAGUGAAGAGCUUGCAUAAAUAAAUUUUAAAAGAAAAUGCAAACAAAAAGGUUUACAAGUGUGUAGCUUUUUAAAAUAUGUUUCCAUGAGGCAGAUCAUGGACACUUAGAUUUAGAUUGUUUAUUUAUAUGCCGCCCUUUUCCCUGGGGGGACUCAGGGCGGCUCACAAUCAA